UUUGCAAUCAUUCAUUAGUGUGAAUGAUUGAUUAAAUUCUUUUUUCUUUUUAAUUCCCUUUUAACUUUUUUGCCUUCCAGAUUAUAAUAAAAUUAGUCAAGUUUGUGAUUUAUAUCAAUUUAGCCUCCGUCUGUGUGACUUCGUAUGAAAAAUAUGCGAUGGCCAUAGACCAAAACAAGAAGCUCAAGAAUCUCACGCACGCUCUCAAAGACAAGGCCUCAAUAAUCAAAGCUACUUUAUCGAUUCCUCGCCGUUCAUCUUCCAUCAAGGUCGCCGUCGUCCGAGCCACCACCCAUGGUUCACGAAACCCACCUUCCGACGCCCGAGUCGCCGCCGUUCUAGCCCUUGGGAAUGACUUCCGUUCCUCCACUGCAUUCGCCUGCAUCGAAGCCCUGAUGGAGCGGCUUCAUACGACCUCCAGCGCCGCCGUGGCUAUGAAAUCGCUUUUCACUCUGCAUAUAAUUGUAAUUCGAGGUCCGUUCAAUCUGAGGGAUCAGGUAGCGUAUUUCCCCUGUUACGGAGGGCGAAAUUUUCUCAACUUGUCCACGUUUCGCGACGUAUCGGACUCGGAGAUGAACGACUUGUCGUCUUGGGUGAGAUGGUAUGCCGGGGUUGUGGAGUCUAACGUGAUUGUCGACAGGAAAUUGGACCGAAUUCUGUAUUUCCGUUCAAGAAAUUGCGAAAUUGUCGAAGAACAGAGGAAGAGGAAGAUUGAUGUACCGGAGGAAUUGGAAGUUCUUGUGGGUUUUGUGGAACGAAUUUGCGAAGUUCCGGAAUCGCUGUAUCUUCAGAAGAAGGACUUGGUUUACGAGGUGGUGAGAUUGGUUCUUGAGAAUUACAGAUUGGUUCAGAGGGAGAUUUGGGUCCGAGUUAAGGAAAUCGGAGACAGAGUCGAGAGCUUGAGUCUGGACGAGUUGACCGAGUUGGUGGGUAUUAUGACACGGUUGGAAAAUUGCAGAAGGAAACUGAGUGUGUUGUUUGUGAACAGAGGGAAGAACGAGGAAUUUUGGGAAUUGGUGAAAAUUACGAAAGGGAAACUGGCGGAAAAGAAGAGGAUGAAAGAGGAGAAGAGGAUGAUAAUGGUGGAGAUGAAAGCGAACUCGGGCGAGUCGACUCGGUUGUGGAAUCCAUUUGUUGAACCGGGUCAAUUGCUGUGGGUCCCAGCGGGUGAUGGACCCAUGGGCCCGGCUCUGCUUCCACUGACCGUUUCAACGGUAGGAUAGUUCCGAGCUUUGUCUGUUACGUUUGAACUUGUAAUCCGCUAAAAAGUUUUUUCUUUUUUAAAAAGAACGUGAAAAAGUUACCUGAGUUUUGUUUUUUUUUUCCUUUUUCCAAUUUUAUUCUUUCAAUAUGUUCUAUUGAGUUUUGAAUUUCGUUGUAAAGUAGAAAUUUGACUGGAUUGUUGUGAU